AUGGCGCCUUGCGUGCGUGUUCUCGUGUUUAUCACAUCGGUGGCUUUUCUCGCGUGCUCAUGCGUUCUUUGCGUUGUUCCCUUGUUCCGACACAAUGAUGGGGAUGUGCACGCGGUGCAAACGCUGUGGCUGAGGGAGUACGAAGUGGGGUCGCAGAAAUUCACCGAAUAUGUGCGAGACUCCGAAUGCGGUAGUUUUAACACCGCCUUUCAGUUGAUGGAGGGUGCCGCCGUUGCCUCGGUCGGACUAGGUGUCGGUUUAACUCUUCUCUCAGGGCUGCAGCUGGUGCGACCUGGUGGGUGGGAGACUCGGAUGCCGUUUCUUGUCUUGGUGGUGGCGUCGUUCAUAAGCAUGCUGAUCGACUUUGUGCUUUCCCUGCAGGCUUGGGAAAACGGCUUCUGCCAAAAUGCCCCACAAGUUUCACAGAUGGUGAAUGCCUACAAAAAAAAUAACUGGACGCAGGUGGAAGGGUUUGUUCUUGUCUGCGUCAACUUUUCAAUGAGCGUCAUCCUCUUUUUCAUGUUAUUCGGCACGUGA